AUGGCUACUCUCCAGAGACCCGCCGCCCCUAUCCGGACGGUGUCCAACAGCAGCUUUGCCGAGAGCUUUGACAUUGCCCGGAGAAAGCUGGACAAGGAGCUCGACGGCAACAUCUCAUCCCCGGACUCCCGCCCCGGAUCUCCAGCGUCGCUGGCCACGGGCUCCACCGUCACCCCGGCCGAGCUCAGCACUCCCCUGACCCCCUUCAACGCCGCCAUCGAUGCCGACCCGGAUGUGGCCGACGAAUUUGCCUUCGCCUUCGAUAUCGACGGCGUCCUGAUCCGCGGUGGCAAAGUCAUCCCAGAGGCCAUCGAGGCCAUGAAGGUUCUCAACGGCGAGAACGAGUAUGGCGUCAAGGUUCCCUACAUUUUCCUGACCAACGGCGGUGGGAAGACCGAGGCCGAGCGCUGCGGUGACCUCUCCCGCCAGCUAGAGCUCGAAGUCUCGCCGGGUCAGUUCAUCUGCGGCCACACCCCGAUGAGGGAGAUGGCCGACCGCUACAAGACGGUCCUGGUCGUCGGCGGCGAGGGCGAGAAGUGCCGCCACGUCGCCGAGGGCUACGGCUUCACCGACGUCAUCACGCCGGGCGACAUCCUCAAGGCCAACGCCGCUGUCUCGCCCUUCCGCAAGCUCACCGACACGGAGCACGCCAACUCCAAGGACCUGCUCUCGCGCGGCCAGCUCAGCGACAUCGUCAUCGACGCCGUCUUCGUCUUUGCCGACAGCCGCGAGUGGGCCUCGGACCUGCAGAUCAUGCUCGACAUCGCCAUGAGCAAGGGCGGCCGCCUGGAGACGCGCUCCGAGACGUUUGACGAGAGCCCGCCCUUCUACUUCUCGCACAACGACACCCUCUGGGCCGCCCAGCACGAGCACCCGCGCCUCGGCAUGGGCGCCCUGCGCAGCAUCGUCGAGACCACCUUCGAGUCGGUCACGGGCGGCAAGAAGCUCGAGACGCACGCCUUCGGCAAGCCCCAGGUCAGCACCUUUGAGUUCGCCACGCGCCUGCUGCAGAAGUGGCGCGCCGCGCAGCACGGCCUCGAGUCGAGCAAGCCGCCCGAGACGGUCUACUUUGUCGGCGACACGCCCGAGUCGGACAUCCGCGGCACCAACGCCAUGAACGAGGCCUCGGACAACGACUGGUUCUCCAUCCUCGUCAAGACGGGCGUCUACCAGGACGGCACCGAGCCGGCCUACAAGCCGCGACAGACGGUCGAGACUGUCCUCGACGCCGUCAACUUCGGCAUCCGGCGCGAGAUGGAGGCGCGCAAGGCGCGGUCCGCGGGCCCGGACGAGAAGGCCGUCAUUGAGAAGCUGCUGCCGCUCGACGCGGCGGCCCAGCCGACGACGACCGCGUAA